AUGCAUCCACACAAGAACAAGAUCAAGAUAGCGUGGUCCAUUGACUUUGACGCCGUCUCUGGAUGGCUAGGAACAGGGAAACAUGACAACAACAGCACCGCAGACUAUAGCGCCGGUUAUUUCAGUGCCACAGUUGGUGUGGGUCGGCUCUUGAAGUUGUUCAAGAAGCUUGAUAUAGCGGAUAAAGUGACUUGGUGUAUCCCCGGCCAUUCCAUUGAAACAUUUCCAACGCAGACCCGAGAUAUCAUCGAUUCCGGUGCAGAAAUCGCAUUACAUGGCUACGCCCAUGAGAGUGCCAGCCAGAUGACAGCCGAGCAGGAAAGAGAUGUGCUGCUCAAGUGCAUCAAACUCGUGGAAGACUUGACUGGGAAACGGCCUCGAGGAUACCGAGCUCCUCUUUACCAGCUCAAGGAGCGGACGAUUUCUCUCUUGCAGGAAUAUGAAUUCCUCUGGGAUUCUUCCUUGUCGCACUUUGAUAGUGUGCCGUACUUCUUACCAAAAGAUCCAGCGCCGAUAGCUCCGAUUGACUUCAACCCGUCUGCGAAAGCAGCAGAUUGGAUGAAGCCAAGUCCCGACUUCAAUGCAUUGCCAAAAUCGGACCUGGUCGAGGUGCCUGCGAAUUGGUAUAUGGAAGAUGCUACGCCUUUACAAUUCUUUCCCAACACCCCCAACUCGCAGGGAUAUGUGGACGUCCGGGUUGUCGAACGCAUGUGGAUGGAUCGUUUUGAGUGGUUGCGGUCCGAGAUUGCGGAUGGGAGAGAAGACAUGACUAUUUUCAGUAUCAUCCUGCAUCCCGAGACCAGCGGAAUGGCUCAUGUCAUUGGUAUGAUUCAGCGUUUCUUGAUCUGGGUGCAAAGCUUUGGGGAGAACGAGGUAGAGUUCCUGACAUACGAGCAGAUCGCCCUGGAAUGGAAAAGAGGCCGGCAGGAGAAGGAUGUCUCGUCGACAGUGUAG